AUGCUUGCCAAUAUUUUGUUGUUUUUAUUCACCAUGCUAUUUAGCAUGCAAUCCACAUUGGCCGACAGUGCUGAUGUGGAUUUGAGAUCAAUGUAUGCGCCAGACCCACCUGCUACCAACCGUAUUUCCAUGACCAUUAGCUAUUUCCCAAAGGGUAGCGAUGUCAAGAAAGAAGUGGACUUCAGUAUUGACGUGUACGGUACUGUGUGCCCUAAGGCCAGAGACAACUUUAUUACCUUGAUUAGAGGUAUUAAAGCUGUUAUUGAAGGUCGUGGUAGUGGUGUCAUGACCUUGAGAUAUCCAGGUACUAAGUUCACCAAUGUUCUUCCAAAUAAGUACAUUCUUGGUGGUGAAAUCUUGCCUGGUAUCUCACCAUACUCUAUCUAUGGUGACAAAUGGCCUGAGGAAAACUUUGACUUGAAGUUUGACAGACCAGGUAGAAUUGCUAUGUGGAACCACGGUCAAGGUAAGCAAGAGUCUCAAUUCUUUAUCUCUACCAACCCCAAGCCUGAUACCGAACUAGACGGCAGAUACAGUAUUUUUGGCCAAGUUGUCUCUGGUCUAGAUGUCAUCUUGAAUGAAGUUCAACACGCCGAAGUCUCUUCCACCAAGGACAUGAUCUUGAAGUACAUGGUCAAGGAAGACUUGCGUCUCGCCAAGCCAGAUGAGUUGCACGCUAAAUGGCUGAAGAGAUUGGAAGAGUAUAACAAUGGUGACAAGACCAAGGGUGUUUCAAUUGCCAGAUAUUUCAAGGCUGAGGAAACUGCUGCUAUUCCAAAGAAAAUGCCAGCAAAUGCCUUGUACAACGGUUAUGUCAGACACUCUGGAUUCCCAUUAUUCAAGGUCUUCUUUAUCCUAGUCUCUUUGGCUGUUUGCUUCUAUGUAUUCAAGCACAGAGCUGAAUUCUUGAAGAGAACUAAUAUCGUGUCAUUGAAGCAGUGGAGAUCCGUCCCAGAAACUAAGGCUUAG